CGCAUGAGCUAAUAUAAGCCGGCCAUAUAAGAAACCCUAGCGGAACCACGAACACACUCGCCUCCUCUCUCCGCCGCCGCCACCGUCGCCUCGCGGCCGCCCCCGGCUCCGCUCCUCCGCUCGUUGGUGAAGGUUUCUUGAAGUUGAGAAGAUGGUGCUGAAGACCGAACUUUGCCGCUUCAGCGGCCAGAAGAUUUAUCCUGGGAAGGGCAUCCGAUUUAUUCGCGCUGAUUCUCAGGUUUUCCUUUUUGCCAACUCGAAAUGCAAGCGCUACUUCCACAACCGUCUGAAGCCUGCAAAGCUUACCUGGACAGCAAUGUACAGGAAGCAGCACAAGAAGGAUAUCCAUGCUGAAGCUGUGAAGAAGAGGCGCCGCACCACCAAGAAGCCAUACUCCAGGUCAAUUGUGGGUGCCUCCCUGGAAGUGAUCCAGAAGAAGAGAGCUGAGAAGCCCGAGGUGCGCGAUGCUGCUAGGGAAGCUGCUCUUCGCGAGAUCAAGGAGCGCAUCAAGAAGACCAAGGAUGAGAAGAAGGCAAAGAAGGCGGAGGUGACCAAGUCCCAGAAGUCGCAGUCGAAGGGCGCGGUUCAGAAGGGUUCCAAGGGCCCCAAGCUGGGCGGCGGCGGCGGCAAGCGCUGAAAGAACUGAAGAUGUCAUUUGCUGCUGACCUUGCAAUCGCUCCUCAUUAGCCUACCUACCUUGUUUCUCCAGAGCCAGUUUUGUAGUACCUGUACCUGGGUUAAAUUUGCAGUUCCUUUCACCGUUGCUUUGUGGGUGUUAAAUACCGUGACGAGAAAAUGGAUUUAUCUUUGUGUUGCAAAAAAUGAUGGUCGUUCAUGUGCUUUCCUCGUCUGUCGAUGAAUGCUUGAUUUGGCUUCAAA